AAAAAAUAGUAAUUAAAAUAUUUGUCACUGUGUUAUAUAGGCCUGGAAUAGGCUAUUCUGUCCAAAGUGGGAUUAAAAAAACAAGUGACAGGAUGCAAUUUAUGCUUUACCUGACACUCUUAGGUGUACUUAGCACCACCAUGGGGAUGAAUGAAACCACGAGGCGCCAAGCCAACGUAACAGAAGAGGGAGAAGUACAGCAAUGCUCAAACUGCGAGUUCAGAGAACAGAGCAGACUAAUGAGACUCCACAACAUCAGAUCCCAAAUUCUCAGCAUUCUGAGGCUGGAGCAGGCUCCAAACAUCAGCCGAGAAAUGAUCAGGCAGCUCUUACCGAAAGCGCCUCCCUUGACACAACUUAUAGACCAGUAUGAGCAUCGUGUGGAGGAUGAGGAGCGUGCCACCACUGAAACGAUCAUAACCAUGGCAAAACCUGGACCAAUGUCACAACAAGACGGAAUACCAUCUUGUUGUUUCUUCAAUCUCAGUCCGAAGAUUCGACCUAACAACAUUUUACAUGCACAACUUUGGGUGCACCUGCGACCAGCUGACACCGUCACAACGGUCUUCUUGCAAAUCUCCCGCAUAAAAGCAACCACUGAGGGAAACUCACGCAUACGGAUCCUCUCCCUGAAGAUCGACGUGGCUUCUGGUGCAAGCUCUUGGCAAAGUGUAGACAUAAAUCAAUUACUCAAAACCUGGCUUCGUCAGCCAGAAACUCAUUAUGGUCUCGAGAUCAAAGCUUAUGAUUCGAAAGGGCAGGACUUGGCUGUCACGGUAGCUGAGCUGGGAGAAGAGGGACUGCAACCCUUCAUGGAGGUGAAGAUAUUGGAGAGCCUAAAACGUUCCCGGAGGGCCUCAGGCCUGGACUGUGAUGAAGAGUCCUCAGAGUCGCGGUGCUGCCGCUACCCCCUCACCGUUGACUUUGAGGCCUUUGGGUGGGACUGGAUCAUUGCCCCCAAACGCUACAAGGCCAACUACUGUUCUGGAGAGUGUGAGUACAUGCACCUCCAGAAGUACCCCCACACUCACCUGGUGAACAAGGCUAACCCCCGGGGCACCACAGGGCCCUGUUGUACUCCAACUAAGAUGUCCCCCAUCAACAUGCUCUACUUCAACCGCAUGGAGCAGAUCAUUUAUGGAAAGAUACCAUCUAUGGUGGUGGACCACUGUGGCUGCUCCUGAGAGGGAGGAUGAGAGGACUGGACAACACACGCAUGCACACACACACACACACACACACACACACACACACACACACACACACACACACACACACACACACAGUGUUGUGUAAUGAGUUAAAAAGUUAUCCCAAAGUGAACCCUCUUACAAGAAUCCAUAAUAUUUUUGCAUAAAAGGCUACAAGAGACAUGUGGAGUUUGAAAAACAUGAACCCUUUGCUCUGAGUGCGGACAUGAACUGCCCGUACUCUACCCCCUGAGGUUCGUUCCGCAAUGUGGCUGGAACUGCUAUAAACAUUUAAGGACACAUAACACAAUUGUCAUUGGAGUGCAAAACCUGCACUGAAACAGAUGUCCCCGAUAUUGUGGAUCACAGGAUUUUGGAACAGCUUGGUGGUCCUCAGAACACAGUGUCACAUACAGAACUAUUCUGUUAGCCUACAUUAAUUGAAACCAAAAAUGACAUGUUCCUUAUGUAGCUAAAUGUUUUAGGCCUAUAGUCAUAUUAUAUUGUGAUCAGUUUAGCCUACAGCUCAUUAUAGGAAUAUUAUGUUUUGCAUUAGAGCUUCCCUAGUACUAUAUCAACUCAAAUAUAUUUUUAUUUGUCACAUGCGCUGAAUAUUACUCUACUGUAGCUAGGAGCUAGGAAAACAAGCAUUUCGCUACACCCGCAAUAACAUCUGCUAUAUAUGUGUAUGUGACCAAUAUUUGUAUUUUAUUUACUACUGGUGUAAACUUUAAUGUGAAAUGCUUGCUUACAAGCCCUUCCCAAUGAUGCAUGAGUUUCCAAAUAAUAAUACAAAAUAACAGAGUAACACAAGAAAUAAAAUAAAAUACACAAGAAUGGAGCUAUUUACAGAGAGUACCAGAUUAAUGUGCAGUGGUACAAAGUAUUUCAGGUAGUUAUGUAAACUCAGCAAAAACAGAAAUGUCCUCUCACUGUCAACUGCGUUAAUUUUCAGCAAACUUAACAUGUGUAAAUAUUUGUAUGAACAUAACAAGAUUCAAUAACUGAGACAUAAACUGAACAAGUUCCACAGACAUGUGACUAACAGAAAUGGAAAAAAUGUGUCCCUGAACAAAAGGGGGGUCAAAAUCAAAAGUAACAGUCAGUAUCUGGUGUGGCAACCAGCUGCAUUAAGUACUGCAGUGCAUCUCCUCCUCAUGGACUGCACCAGACUUGCCAGUUCUUGCUGUGAGAUGUUACCCCACUCUUCCACCAAGGCACCUGCAAGUUCCCGGACAUUACUGGGGAGAAUGGCCCAAGCCCUCACCCUCCGAUCCAACAGGUCCCAGAUGUGUUCAAUGGGAUUGAGAUCUGGGCUCUUCGCUGGCCAUGGCAGAACACUGACAUUUCUGUCUUGCAGGAAAUCACACACAGCAGUAUGGCUGGUGGCAUUGUCAUGCUGGAGGGUCAUGUCAGGAUGAGCUUGCAGGAAGGGUACCAUAUGAGGGAGGAGGAUGUCUUCCCUGUAACACAUAGUGUUGAGAUUGCCUGCAAUGACAACAAUCUCAGUCCGAUGAUGCUAUGACACACCGCUCCAGACCAUGACGGACCCUCCACCUCCAAAUCGAUCCCGCUCCAGAGUACAGGCAUCGGUGUAGCGCUCAUUCCUUCGACGAUAAACGCAAAUCCGACCAUCACCCCUGGUGAGACAAAACCGCGACUCGUCUGUGGAGGGCACUUUUUGAUAGUCCUGUCUGGCCCAGCGAUGGUGGGUUUGUGCCCAUAGGCUACAUUGUUGGUGAUGUCUGGUGAGGACCUGCCUUACAACUGGCCUACAAGCUCUCAGUCCAUCCUCUCUCAGCCUAUUGCGGACAGUCUGAGCAUUGAUGGAGGGAUUAUGCAUUCCUGGUGUAACUCGGGCAGUUGUUGUUGCCAUCCUGUACCUGUCCCGCAGAUGUGAUGUUCGGAUGUACCGAUCCUGUGCAUGUGUUGUUACAUGUGGUCUGCCACUGCGAGGACAAUCAGCUGUCCGUCCUGUCUCCCUGUAGCGCUGUCUUAGUCGUCUCACAGUACGGACAUUGCAAUUUAUUGCCCUGGCCACAUCUACAGUCCUCAUGCCUCCUUGCAGCAUUCCUAAGGCACGUUCAUAUAGAUGAGCAGGGUCCCUGGGCAUCUUUCUUUUGGUAUUUUUCAGAGUCAGUAGAAAGGCCUCUUUAGUGGCCUAAGUUUUCAUAACUGUGACCUUAAUUGCCUACAGUCUGUAAGCUGUUAGUGUCUUUUAACGACUAUUUCACAGGUGCAUGUUUAUUAAUUGUUUAUGGUUCAUUGAACAAGCAUGGGAAACAGUGUUAAACCCUUUACAAUGAAGAUCUUUGGAUUUUUACAAAUUAUCUUUGGAAGACAGGGUCCUGAAAAAGGGAUGCUUCUUUUUUUGCUGAGUUUACAUGAAGACAGGGUAAGUGACUAGGCAUCAGGAUAGAUAAUAAUGUUUGUGUGUGUGUGUGUUAUGUCUAUGUGUGCAUAUGUAGUGAAUGUGUAUGGGUUUUGAGUGUCAGUGUAUUGUGUGCAAGUGAGUGUGUACAUGCUAUGUAUAUUUUGUCAAGUGUGUGCGUAGGGUCAAUGCAGAUAGAUUGGGUACCAUUAAUUGACUAUUUAAAUCAAAUUUGAUUUGCCACAUGCAAGUGUAGACCUUACAGUGAAAUGCUUACUUACAAGCCCUUAACCAACAAUGGAGUUAAGAAAAUAACCCAAAAAAUAAGAAAUAAAAUAAUUAAAGAACAGCAGUAAAAUAACAAUAGCGAGGCUAUAUACAGGGUGUACCGGUACAGAGUCAAAGGUAAUUGAGGUAAUAUAUACAUCAAAUCAAAA